AUGGAACAUAUUCGCGAGGUCGAGCUCGAGAAUGCAGUCAAGCUCUACCAGGAGGCCCUCAAGGCGCAUCACAGAGGCGAUCUAGACGAUGCAGCAAUCGCGUAUGAACAGUUGAUUGCAUCGUCCAUCCUGCAAGAUGCCGACAAGCCUACAACAGCAUCUCGGCGUGAAGGGCCCGAUGCACUCCAAUCGAGCGCUGCAAAGCUCCCUGCGCUGGUCUAUCGUAAUCAUGCGACGCUACUCUUGCAACGCUUUGAACUGCAGCAACACCCGCAGGAUCAGGCCUGUAAUGUCUUUCAAAACGUCCUCGCCUCGUACGCGACUGCACUGAGUUUUGACCCGGACGAUACGGUUCUUUGGAGACGUACACUGGAGAUAGGCGACAAAUUGAAUGAUGUGCGCGUCAAGCGUGUUGCUCUAGAGUCUUUGCUAGAGAGCACAGCGAUAGCAGAAACAGCGACGCGUGGUCUGUUCUGGCACAAUGCUGCUGAUCCAUAUGCGGAGGAGGUACGCUCAAAGCUGGUCAAGCUGGUGGACUGCAUUCAUCAAGUCGGCGACGCAGAAAUGUCCGAUCGUCUGGUCAUCAAGUCAAACGGUGAAGAGCACGAUCGCCUUGCCAAUUUCACUCCUUUACAAUUACGGGACAUGUCUGCUCUGUCUAUGGGCAAUUUGCUGCUACAGCAUUACAGUGAGCAAGAGUCACUGCCGCCUGCUGGCGUUCGACUCUACAAAAUGACAAGACCAGAAACGGCGCAACUUGCGGAAAGUGCUCAAUUGGAGUCAGAUCAGCCUCACGCCAAGUUACACGAUAUUACUGAGGAUGAAGUUGCGCCCGAGGAGCAUUUAGCCCUUGUGACGACUGAAACACCUGCUGCCGAUGACCAUCCCGAUUUGGAGCAUGCCGAAAACGCGGAGCAAGCAGCUUCACCAGAUAAACGGCAACGAGAAGAGGAUGAGGUUCCCGAGCAGGAGCUGCCACCAAGUCCGAAGCGCGUCAAAGUUGCCAUGAAUCUUACUGGCGCUCAAGGGCAACUCUUCUUUACAGAGUGGCUUCAUCGCUUGUUUGAUCCAAUUGAUGUUCACUUCAAUGACUUUCUUGCUCUUGAUGCGAGUCCGCCGUUGAAUGGCGAUGACACGACUGAGUCGCCCACCAGUGCAUAUGAGGACUUGAAACAAUUCCUCUACAACGACUGGUCUGAACCGCUCUACGAAGCCAGCAAGGAAAUGACGCAUACUGCUGCUGGAGACUCAUUCGCCGCGAGCAUGAUGUUGGCUUUUCCAGACAUUAGAAGAGUGGAGCAGACUGAAGGCUCGAUGCCGUCAGCACUUUUGCCUCUGCUCGAUCGUGAACCAACACCUCUUCGAGCUUUGGGUGUCUCUUGGUUACACGGGCUACUUGCGUCAGAGUCUUCCUCGUACCUAAUUGGGACGUGGUCUACUCAACUUCUCGCCGUGGUGCGCAAAAUUUCCAUGGCUGAUGAAUUGCUUCUACUGCGUCAAGUUAAGCAGGCUCAAUUCUCAGUCGAACGAGGUCAGAGUGAUUCGACAGAUGCCAUUUACUUUGCACAGGCUAUCCUUGAGCUGCGCUUGGAUCAAUUGGUUGAAGAGCAGAGACUAGCGCUCGUCGAAUCUGAUCGACAGGAAUGCGCUCAUGACAUCUUGGCAUCAGCGCAGCGAUGGUCGGGACAGGUUCGCCUCUUGCUUUGCCUCUCGCCAGGACGUGCGAAUCUGGAAUGCCGCUUUGCUUGGGCUCGUGUACUCCUAAGUCAAUUGUCUGGUGCCACGCCAGAAGAUCUCAUCGACGACUUGACGAGCCUCCGCGGCAUGAUUGGCGAGACUAGAAUUGUGCUACCUAAUGUCGCUGCAAUGCAGCAUGUCGACAGCAACACACUCGAUCUCGAAAUUCAAAAGUUCAAGACAAUGGGCUUCUUUGACGAGAUGUUUGGCUAUCAUGCGACCGGUCAUCAUGAGCGUCUGCUAUCCGAGCUUGAGCCAAUCUUACUGCCGAAUGGCGAAUUGUCUGGAAAAGAUCUUCUCGUCUCUCAGUACUUACAGCACGCUCCUACAUCCUUUCGUUCACAAUUAUGGCAGUGGCUCGCUGAUGCGUGCUUUGCUCAAGGAGAUCAAGCCAAGGGCGUUUACAUCUCGCUAUGUUCACUUGAGCAGCUCAAUGCCUCAUUAUUUCAGCAAGACUACAAGACACUACUGCGGCCAGCAAGGCAACAGGCCGUUUUGCAGAUGAUGCACCGAUGUGGCGAAGUGGUAGGCCAUGUUGCUCAUCUUGUCAAUUCACACAUGCUCGACACACUUACAUUCGAGCAGUGUGUCCGCUGCAUGCAAGCAUUAACAACCUUUGGCACCUUAUGUAUGGUUGCUGCCUACCACGAUGAUUACAUGGCAGAGAACGAUGAUGCAUUGAGGGAUGGCGAGGUUUGGGUCGAGUGUAGAGACUUGCUGCGUCGGCGGUUCGUUGAAUUCUGGGUCAUCACUUACCGAUUCUUUGCUCGAGCUUUGGAAGCGCGCAAGGUUGCUGAUGCAGGUGUACAGCUUGGCGCAUUGCUCAGCACACUUCACGAAGAGCUUGGCACGCGUCGAUACUGUUCGUUGGCGGAUGGACUGUUGCUGGCGCUGCUUGAGGAUGAAAUCUAUCGUCUCAACCGCGUCGAAAUGGAGAAUGACCUUGUUCAGGUAUUUCAUUGUCGGUAUGACCUUGGCUUUGUUGUUGGCAAUUUCUGGCCAUGGGAGCAUAGCGCCGUGCCCAUUGAACUGUCUUUAGAGAGUGCUGCGCGCAUUACACCAUUCUUCUUUACCAUGGUUACAGAACGCAGUCCUGGACUCUGGCUACCAAAGAAUGAUUUGCGUUCCGCCUUGCAAAAAGUGCACGACAAGCUAUGGCCACCGUUAAAGUUGGAUGAGAUGCGUCUGCGCAACGAAAGCAUUCUAGAUGCGUUUUUGGACAGUGAGAUCGUGCCCAAGGAGUUUAUGCAGUGUUUGACUGGCGGCGUAUUGCUCCCUUUCAAGGAAGUCUCUCAGCCCUCAGACGUCUCUAUGGAUGCAUGGACUGGCUAUCGCGACAUCAACCUCGUUCUUGCUCGGAUACACAUGAGUUUGUACAAGACUCGCAACAAGCAAACACCAGGCAAAGGUUUCGAUGAGUUGGACUCGGCGCGAUACUACCUUCACUGGGAUCUCACAUUACAACCUGGACGCGUGGAGAGCUGGCGAUCACUGGCGUUUGCAUACGGCGCUCUCGCCGACCAUGAGGUAUCGUCUGAUGCCGAACGCAUCGUGGCCAAUAAAAAGACCAUUUGCGAUUUACGGAAAUCAGCUCUCCUUUGCUCGAUGAUGGCUGUCAGUAUUGCCAUUCAGCAAUCUAGACGCGGCGAAGAAGAUAGCGGUUUGACUGAAGUGGGCUUUUGCGACCUUCUCUACGAGUUUGGCUUGCAAAUCUACAGUGCUGCGCGCGGCCCAUUUGAGAUGUGCGUCUUUGAGCGGCAUGCAUCGCGUUAUCUCCAGCGAGGCUUUGAGUCUCCCCGAGAAGAGCAAGUUGCUGGCGUGACGUUGCCCAUGGCUUUGCGUGUUGCGUGCAAGUGUUUGUCGAGGGCAUCGAGAUCGUGUUCAGUCAAAUGGACGUGUCAUCUCUUGCUUGGCAAAGCACACGCAAAACUCAAUUUACCACCGACCGUUGCGCUGGAUGACUUCGUCAAGGCCAUUCAAGAAGCACCAGAGCGAGGUUCAACCUCUAGCUUCUAUGGACCUUUGAUUGAGCCCGACUUUCGUCUCGUGUCCAGUGUGGCCAAGUAUGUACUGACGGACGAUGUGUCGAUUCCUGUGGCGAUUGAAUACCUCCGAGACACGCCCUUCACUGCAGAUCUCUUGCCAUUGACGGAUGAGGAGGUUUUUACAAAACGCGAUGUGAUGGAAGUCAUUGUUAAAACGCUUCAAGCGAUUCGACUUUCAGACAAGAAGCAAUGGCAUCAUCGCCCGAUCCACAGACAAGCGCAACUAUUACUGGAAGGCUAUGGUUCAUUUGAGCUUGAGGAGGAUGUCAAGGCAACACCACAAAGACUGGCACAAGCAUGCUUGGAAAGUUUAUUCACCGUCAAGGGAUCUGGCGGAAAUCUGCUCAGCAUCUGGCGACCAGAGACGGAACGACCGGGUCGGCAUUUCGUUUAUGCGAAACGCUACACCAUGAUGUAUGUUGACCUGCUCGUCAAGCAAGGCGAUAUCGAAGGUCUAAAGAAUUUUAUGAGGCGUGCGCGUAAAGCGAUGGCCAAUAUUCUGGAUCACAAGCAAGUAUGGGAGGAGAUGUGUAUGCAAUACAUUACAAUGAUGUUGGAUGUCAAUGAAGUGGAAAACGGCCUACAAGAGGCCUUUUUGGAGUCAUUGAUGAGCGAUGAGUUUGUGCCGGCGGCGAAACGCUUGGAACAAGUCGUCAGCAUCCCAGACUUUAUUCAGCCUUCCCUCUUUGUCAUGCGCGAGUUGUAUGACUUGCGAAAAUUGAACGGUGGACUUUAUGAAACGGCUGAAGUGGAUGAUGUGAUUAUUGAUUGCUAUAUCUCGCUCUACAACUUUGUGGAUGACAUGACUGAUGCAGAGCUGGGCAUUGAGGACAACAAUGAGAACAACCAGGCAGAUACACUAGGUGCACCUCCUGCAUCGCCUAGCGCAUCGACUGUUCGGCGCAACAAAAUCAAGGAAGCCAAAGUGGUGAAGAUUACGCGCAAGGAGGUGCUGAAUCGCGCUUUCACCUUGUGCAAGCCGAAAACUGUUGUGCCUAUGGACUCGCGAAGGCGCGAGGCACGUACAUCGAUGCGUUUGGCUGAUGGAGCGAAUGAAGCGGAAGAGGAAGAGGUAAUGGCGCAGCAUGAUCUUGGUCUGCUUCAAAUUGGGGAGACGGUUGAGCCUGUCAUUGCGACUGAGCAGGACGUUGCGGCUUCAUGGCCUGACGAAUCCAUCAUGAAUGACACCUCGCCGCCCGUCACUGCAGGUGCAUCAGCAAAUUUGGCCCCUGUGGUUGACAUUGAGACGACUCCACCGGCUUCUGCAGGUGAUGCUUAA